AUGCCUUCUCACUUCGGGGUACACACGACCAUUCUUGCCGGGCUCAUGCUGUUGGGCAACAGUGGAGCCCUAGCCGACGUCACGUAUUGCACCAGCAACAGUGCCAUACAGUACUCGAGCUGUUACAACCUUGUCGACGCCGUCAGACGGGAGGUGGAUUCAGGCAACAACUUCCAGCAGUACGCCGGCUCCGCGAGCGCCUACUCCUACCAAGGCUGCUACGCCACCUGGUGUAACAUGAACACCGGAUGGGGCAGAAGCAUGGAUGCCGACACUUUCGGAGACGCCAUUUAUGACAUCCUUGAUACCUGCUGGAACAACCAGCAGCAGGAUUCCAAUGCAAAGGAGGCCGGAUACCGCAUGCUUGACGGGUUCGACACGAAGCCUUCCGCGGUCGUUUGCCUCAGCAAAUCGCGUAGACCAUCAUCGUGCCCUUGCUAG